GAGAAAGCAUUUUGUCCUUUUACACUCAGUGCUAUUUUUCAGCGCGUGCUGCACUAACAACAUGUGUCCUCUGUAUCUGUUGGGACGGACGAACAAGCUCUGACAGAGGUCCACAAUCACUGUAAGACUCUCUAAAAGGCACAGUUGAAUUUAACGGACUGGAGUGACAAGAAGCCAUCUGUUCCUGAGGGGUGAAGAUUCAAGAUCAUACGAAGCUACAACCACCUCCAGGAUUUAACUAUGCAGUGACUGCUUUUUAGAUAUAUGACAUAUUAAUUUGACUGUAGCUUUAUCUGCUGUAGAAGAAGGACAGUUUCCGGCAUUUAUAUGAUUGUUCUACAAAACAUGUCUGUCAAUCGAUCGAUUGACCACUGCAAAACACCCAGUAACAUUACUUACCAAGUCCUCUCCUGGGUGAUGGUGGGAGAAUUUACGCUGGGUCUGCCUCUCAACCUGUCUGUUCUCUACAUCUUCAUCUUCAGAUACAAGUUCUGGAAGAACAAAGCCAUCUUCUUGUUCAAUAUUGUGGUUGCUGAUUUCUUGCUGGUGGGCUGCCUUCCUUUCAAGAUCCAUCAUUACCAGCACAACUUGAGGCGCAGUGAGGACACUGUGCUUUGUAAGAUAAUGCUCUUCAUGCUGUUUCUCAAUCGAGGAGCCAGCAUCGCCUUCCUCAUCACAAUGUCCCUUGAUCGCUACUUCAGUGUGGUCCAUCUUGGAAGGAGAAAUUUUGUCAAGGUGUUUAAGAAAUCUCCUCAGAUAUCUGUCAUCAUCUGGAUCCUCUUGCUUCCCCUCACUAUUCCCACUAUGGUCACAACCUUUGAAUGCUGCAACAGCCAUGGCCGUGUAAAGGAGACAUUCUUACAUGACGUGACGGACACCUUUAGAGAGAUUGUUUUCUUCUCUCAAAUCAUCAUCCCCUACAUCGUCCUCGUCUACUGCACGGUCCGCAUUGUCAACCGGCUGAGGAAGAAGACAGUUGGGGAGAAGACUAAGCUGAGGAGGGCCGUGUGCUUGGUCACGUCUGUUGUGGUCGUCUUCUCCUUCUGCUUCCUUCCCUGCACUAUAACUAGAGCAGCACUUCUGUUUGUGCGGCUGAAGAACUGGCAGGAUGCAGAAAACAUAGCUGUCCAGGUGUACGACGCCCUCAUGGUUUUGUCUUACAGUGACUGCCUGCUGGACCCGUUGAUUUACUGUUUCUGUAACUCAGGGUUUAAAGAUGUUUACAUAUCUACCUUUUGCCCUGCAUUUAUUCAGAAGAGACUGACAAAUUCUGACUCUGGCACCCCAAACACAACAACAUGUACUAGUACUACUACUACUGCUGGCGCUAGAAUGAUUCUUUUGCCUGUAAUGGAGAAAUAAUCUAUCUCUCUGAUACUUGACAACAACAUGGGCUCUUUGUUUAUCAUCAUCCAGCACUGAUUGUGUAACCACUCAUCCACCCACAUAGGUGUUUUUAGCUGGGGAAGAAUUGCUGACAAUUUGAAGUCAUCAGGUGACAUUUAACUAGGUGGUAAACACA